UACUGUUCUACCAAACAUAUUAUUAAAUAUAUUUACGAGAGCAUACUAAGUCUACGGCAUAAACAUUCUACAAUAUAUUAGAGAAUUUAUCUAAAAUACCACAAAUUAAGUACCACUUUUCAAAAAAUACCCUCAAUCAAAAAUAUACUAACAAAUGGGUUUAGAGUUUAGUGAUUAUUGUUUAGGGUUUAGCAUUAAAGGGUUGGGGUUGGAUUUACAAAUGUCUUAUAAAUAUUUUGAAAACUUAGCAUAGUGUUAUUUUGUCACAAAUUUAUGGUAUUUAUGAAAAUAGUCAUUUAUUAAAGAUAAAUUUGAAAAGUGGUAUCAAACUUGUGGUAGAAUUGAAAUUUCAAUUGUCUAAAAUACCACAAGUUAAGUACCAUUUUCAAAAAUAUUUCAAUCAAAAAUAUACUAAAAGUUGGGUUUAGGAUUUAAUGAUUAUUGUUUAAAGUUUAGUAUUAAAAGGUUGGGGUUGAGUUUACAAAUGUUUUACAAAUAUUUUGAAAAAUUAGCUUAGUGUUAUUUUGUCACAAAUUUAUGGUAUUUAUGAAAAUAAUCAUUCAUGAUAAAUUUGAAAAGUGAUAUUAAACUCGUAGUAGAAUUAAAUUUCUCCAAUAUAUUAUCAGUUCUUAGUCAUGAACUGUACCAAUCAAGGCUUUAGUAAUGCCCUAACGAGAGGAGAGCGAGUGGGGACUAAGAAACUUACUUGAGAUUUGUAUGGCUAAUUGUUUUUUUAUCUAGAUAUUAAAAUUGUGGAUGAAAAAGGAAAUUACCAAGAACGUUCCGUUUCUUUCUUACUUAACGACUUGUUUCUUUUUUUCUUUUUUUGUUCGGGACCAAGACUUGUUUCUUCUUCUUUUUCGAGUCUUCUAAAGCGUUACGCGUGACGCAACUCGUGAGGCGAUUUCCUUUCUCUUUCCACCACUUAAUUACAAGAAACCCACUAGCUUACUUAUGCUGCAAGUCACAAUGGGUAUUUCCUUCAAUUAACAUGUAAGUGCUCUGUGCUCACCCAAUCUCGUUCUCCUAUAAAUACCAACCAUCACUAGUCACACAACACACAAACGAAAACUCCUAACCUUAGAAAACAAACACACAAACGCCUAGAAAGUGAAGUCACUCGAUUCAGUUUGGAACCAUGGUUGCGAGAAGUGAGAAUCGGAGUGUGAAAGAUACGCCAGCGGAAAAUGAGAAUUUUGAUCGGACCGUGGAAGAUACGGCGACGAGUUGUCUGAUGCUGUUACCUAGGGUAGGGAAAUGCAUCCGAGGAGAGAGUCGCAUUUACCGAUGCAAGACAUGUAUGAAAGAGUUCUCAUCGUUCCAAUCGUUGGGAGGCCAUCGCGCAAGCCACAAGCCAAUUAACAACUCCAGCGACGACUGUUCGUCAUCAGGAUCCGUUACAAAAAAUACCAAAAAGCAGUCGUCACAUACUUGUCCUAUAUGUGGCUUGGAAUUUCCGAUGGGACAAGCUCUCGGUGGUCACAUGAGGAAGCAUAGGAACGAUAAAGAAAGCCUCGCGUUGGUUACACGCUCUUUUUUGCCCGAAGUGUUGACUACAACUUUGAAGAAAUCGAGUAGUGGGAAGAGAGUGGCGUGUUUUGACUCGGAAUUGGAUUCGAUGGAGGGUAUAAUCAAUUUGAAUUUGGAGUUGGGAAUAUCAAUUUAUUGAUUUCGUUUUUCUUUACUAUAUUUUGAAUAUACUGCUGUAGUUCCUGUUUGUUGUAGUUUUGGUUUUAUAUAUUAGCAUAUUCCAUAGAGAUAUAUAGUUUUAACUUCUCCAUCGAUGUGAACAUAUUUAGAUUGUAUCAUCCAAGAUUUGGUCAUUUUAUAAUGGUGUAAAACUUUGAAAGUUUGAGCUA